UUAAAAUGUCCCCAUUGGCAGGAUAUACUAUACAGGAGAACCGAACAUAACAUGCAAUAAGUUAAAAUUAAGUGACUAUUUAUGUGUUGGGGAAUGUGUUAUAGAAAGAUUCAUACAAAAAAAAAAGAUUUGUAAUAAUAAGAUAUGAGGGACAGAUAAAUAUGGUCAUGACCACUGUCAAAGAGGAAGUAAAGGUGUGACAUGUCUGACAGUACCAGGGAAGAGCUGCGUUUUCUAGAGACUGAGGCAGACCAAAUUACACAGAAAUACAGCUGAGACCAUCACCAUGGCCCGUGCUGAUGUGGAUCUGAGCAUUGAAGCGAUGGAGGAGUUGCCGCUGAGGGGGGUGAGGAGGAGGGAGACAGAGGUCACCCGACAAUACCAGGCCACCGAGCUCUUACCAAACACCAAGGCUCCACUCCACGACCUGCUCCGAAAACAACCGGCUGUCCUUGGAUCUUUGCAGGUGAUAAGUGGUCUUCUGAGUGUUGGAAUAGGAAUCCUCUUCAUGGUGACACAGGACAUCGGCUAUUCACUCUUCUCUCUGUUCAGAGUUUCUCAGAUGACUGGAAUUCUUUUCAUAAUUGCUGGACUUAUUUCAAAUAUGUUGUUCAAAUACGCUGAGUUACUUCUGAUUUCCCUUACGGUCAACUGUGGCUGCCUGUUAGUCUCUGUUGUUGCAGCAUCUUUGAUCAUUGCAGACUUAACUGCGUGGAAACCAGAUGAUGAAUAUUUAAGGAUGGAGCUUCUCGGGCUGUGCAUUUUGGCGCUUGAGUCUUGCCUCUCAGCCAUCCUGUGUGUUUGGUUUGUCAAAGAAAAGCGAAAAUUUACACCCUGAAUUUGUUAAACUGAUUGUAUGUCUUGUUAUAAUAUUCUUGUGCAUAAGAUGUUUGUGCUCUUUUGCCUGCAUUAUCUAGCUGUCGUUGAUGUAAGAACUGUGAAUUGAAAAUUCAAACAGAGAGAAAGAAAUUGUCAUUUUCUUGAGGUGGAUAAUUCUAAUACCACAAAGUACUAGUAUUAGUAUUAGUAAGUGCAGUGGAAUUUAUUCUGGGUACAUAUACAUGGGCAGUGAAAAUCAGAUAAUCUAUUUCAAUUGUUAAAAAUGUCUUUCAUUUCAUUUCAUUAAAUUUUUUGUUUGUCCAUUUUGCACAAUUUUAACUGUCAAAACCUGCAAAGGUGUGAACUAUCAGGAUGAACUCUGAUUACUCCCAUCAGAUUAAACUGUUUACUGUUUACUCUGAUGUUUGCUGUGCAUGUAAGCAGCCAUUCUCAUAUGCUAAAUAUAUGAAAACGUGUUGAAUAUGGUAUUAGUCAUAUAUUUUGUUAACAUCUUGUUGUGCAUCGUUUUUUUCUCUGCUCUGUUGCCUGCAUUAAGAAUUAGCCUAUGUGUCUUGCCAUACAAGUUGGUGAUGCGGCGUCCUCCCUGGCCCCUGUAUCGCGCGGAGUGCCCCAAGGGUCAGUUUCAGGCCUCUAAUUUUUUUUCACUUUAUCUAUAGCCUCUCAGGUCAAUUCUCCAAAAACACAAGGUGUCAUUUAAUUUUUAUGCAGAUGACUGCCAGUUGUGUGUGUCGCUGACUGUGUCGUCUAAUUCUCUUGUUCAUUGCUUGGAUGAAGUCAAAGCAUGGAUGGCUUCUAACUUCCUGUACUCCAAUGAGAAAAGAUGGGGGUUACUCUCCCCUAGUGACUUCACUGUGGUUGCUACCACAGAGUUGAGCUCCUUAUCUCAGGCCAUGAGCCCUGUAAUGGCAAAUUUAGGUGUGAAAAUCGACUGUGGUUUUAAAAGUGAUGCCCAAAUUAAAUGUGGUGAAGUCCAACUUUAUUCAGUUGAGGUAACUUGUCAAAGUGCAAUCAAUUUGAUCUCAUUACAACCUUGAAAUUUAAUCCAUGUUUUUAUUACUUCUUACUUCCUGCUUAGAUUAUUACAAUUCACUUUUACACUGGACUCAGCAAAACCUCACUCUCCUGCAUAUCCCCAUUCUUCAGUCUCUUCACUGGCUCCCCUGUCCCCCUGUCUGUACCUCACACCCCCUCUGCAUACCUGCAGACCUGCACACAGGUCUGCAGGUAUGCAUUUGCAUUGGCUGCUCCAAGGCCGUGGAAUCAGCUCCCUCUGCACAUCAUCCCGCCCGACUCACCGCCUGCUUUUAUGUCCCUUCUAAAGACUCACUUUUUCUCCUUGGCUUUUAACUCAGUUUGAGGAUUCAGUAUUUACUUGUCACUGUUUGUCAUGUGUCCUAUUUAAUUUGUGUACAGCGCUUUGGUUGACAGUGUUGUUUUUAAAGUGCUCAAUAAAGUUGAGUUAAAUUUUUGUCUGAGAACAUAAA